UCCAGGUUCGCCACGACCGUCACUUGAUAGCAUAUUCCCCAAUAAGAUCGCAGCUGCUCAGUAUACAAAUAAGAUUAUGAAUUUUGUUGCUUAUGAAUACUUGGAUGAAGAAAAUAAAACGGAAUUUAUGUGGUUCCACAAAAAUGUUGCAAUCGAAAGAAAUGAUGAAAAGUUUGAAAUAUUCACAAGUGGAUUAAAUUCUAGCCUUUCAGUUAGAAACAUUACACAAAUAGAUUUUGGAGAAUAUAGCGUCAAAGUGUCAAACACCAUAGGAGAGUAUAUUCAUCACUAUGUGUUGCAAGCAGAAGAUAAGCCAGAUGUGCCUAUUAAUUUAACGUAUAAAUCGGGAUCAAUCACUGAAUCGUCAGUAAACAUUGGUUUGGACUCCAGGUUUUGAUGGUGGCUUUCCACAGACUUUCAUUUUGUUAUAUCAGUACCAUCAGGAGGAGAAGUGGCAUAGUGUUCAAGUUCAGGAUUCAAAUGAACAGGCAAUGGACUAUACAUUAACUGGCUUGUUGAGUUCUAAAGUGUAUAAUAUAACAAUGUUUUCAAUGAAUAAAAAGGGGAACUCUUCCUUUACCCAGAAUCUUCAGAUCACAACUAAAAUAAACGUUAAAACAGCAGACUCACAAUCAUCAGAUAAUGUUGGCAUUAUAGGUGGAAGUAUUUCAGGUGUUGCUGUUGUUAUGAUUGUGAGCAUCCUUUUAGCUGUAUUUUUCUUAAAAAGAAGAAAUAAAAAAGAAACAGAUGGAUUGUAUCAAAAUGUGCCAUUUAUUGGAAACUCUGUUUCUAAUAAGAAAAAAAGAAAAAGUGAGACAAAACAUGAGAAAGAAACAACUUUUGAAGAUCUACAGGAGGUUGAUGAUGUUCCAAAUAUAGUUAGUGAAAUCACCGAAUACUCGAAUUCUCCUGAAAUUAUUGAACAAAUAGAUAGAAUUGGAGUGUCGGAGCUUUACGCUUAUGUCUGUGGGCGCAAAGAUACAUUUGAAGUUGAGUACCAGCAGAAACUACCAACAGGGCUACAAAAACCAUGCACGUUUGCCAGAAAGCCUGAGAACAUUGCUCUUAAUAGAUACAAUGGAAUUUACCCAUACGACCAUUCCAGGGUAAAAAUUAAUGGGGAUGCGGCUUUUUUUAUUAACGCAUGCUACAUUGAUGGGUACAAGCAAAAUAGAAGCUACAUAGCAUCACUAGGGCCAACUUCAAAAACAACAAACGACUUUGAAACAUUUUGGCAAAUGAUUUGGAACGAAAAAUCUGACUUGAUUGUGAUGCUCACAAAUUUACGUGAACACUCGGGAAUGAAAUGUGAGCAGUAUUGGCCAAAUGAUACCUCUAUGUGUCAGUAUGGCAAAGUUACCGUCACAAGUAAAAACACUGAAGUUUUUGCAGAGUAUACUGUGAGAACGUUUACGGUAUCAAAGGCAGAUGAACACCGUUUACUAACACAUCUUCAUUACACAGCAUGGCCCGAUAAAACUGUUCCAGAAGACGUCACAACCUUACUUGAGUUUCGACAAAGACUAAAGAGCACGCCAACGACUUCAGAGGGUCCAGUUGUUGUACAUUGCAGCGCGGGCAUCGGUCGAACUGGAACUUUGAUAGCAAUCGAUAGGCUGAUAGAAGAGGGCAUGGACAAACGUUCAGUGAACGUGUUUGAAUGUGUUAAGAGCAUGAGGGAACAGAGAGUAAAAAUGGUUCAAACACUUGAACAAUACAUUUACAUUCAUAAAGCUUUGGUAAUGGCUUUGACUUUUCGCGCUGAAGCUGUGCCCGUUGAACAAAUUAGUGAAUAUGUUAAACGAACAAAUGGAGAUAUGUUCAGCAAUCUAUUCCAGCAAUUGCAACAGACAAUUGAAACAGACAGCGAAGCAGAACAGAAAGCUCGCAUCAAAAAUAAAGAACGUUCGGGGAAGAAUCGUCGCGGAGCAGACAUUCCAGGCAGCCGAUUCAGCAUAUUUCUUCAUUUAAACAGAGAAGGGGACGAUUCUGAAUAUAUUAAUGCAGUAUAUAUAAACAGUUUCAAGAGAAAAGAUCACUUCAUUGCAGCGCAAUCACCUUUACCAAGUACGGUCGAAGAUUUCCUUGCUUUAAUUUACCAAGAAGGUUGUAGUUGUGUUGUCGCUAUGGAAGAUUUAAAUGAACCUGGAAUGACAGUCGGUAUGUACCUUCCUGAAGAGAAGAAAACAUUAACUGUUGGAAAUUUCAAAGUGUCAUGCUCAAGAUUAGAGACUAAACAGUCACACAUCAUACGAAAAAUGAAGAUAAAAUAUACAGGAAAGUAUGAAAGCGGGGAAAAGAGCAUUAUUCACUUUCAAUACACUAAAUGGAUGGCUGAGAACGAUAUUCCUGGUAAUGCAAGUGAAUUCGUGCAGUUUGCAAAUGAAGUUGAGGAGUAUGCAAAUGAAUUAGGGGACGAAAAAUCACCGGUCGUUGUGCAUUGUCUCAAAGCAAACGAGAGGAGUGGUUUAUUUUGUGGAGUAAUAAUACUUUUGGAGAAAAUAAAACAUGAGCGUCGGGUUAACAUUAUCGACAGUCUAAGACAUUUGAGAACAAGGAGACCAUCGGCAAUUACAAGCCAGAAACAACUUGAGUUCUGCUAUCAAGCUGCAAGUGCCUAUAUUAACCUGCAUAUGAAAAGUAUAUAGGCCUACACAGAAAAAAGGAACAUUGACGAAAAGGAAAAAGAAGUGACUAUAGUCUUUUCUUUUAAGGCAGA